AUGCCAUUUCUGGACUUGGCAACAAUUAAUUUCAUCGCGACCCUCCUUUCCUUCACUGCCUCUGUCACAGCCCAUCCCACUGCCAAUCUCAUCCGAGAGCCAAAGGACUCCCUUGGAUUGGCUGAAAGCUCUCAGGCAAAGUUCGCUGGUGCGAUCCUCAAUGUAUCCAUUUAUGAUUUUGUUACCACGGCCUUCGUUAUUCCGGGACUUUACCGGACCGAUUCGACCGCGAGUAGCGUCCAGCGUUUGAAUGCAUUCGUUGGCCUUCAGUGCCUCAGUGUUGUCUCCGCAAUUGUCAGUUUUGAAAUUAGUCCGAAUGGGACUGUUGAAAUCUUUGCGCCAACUGUUUCCCCGGAGGUGUCCUUCAGCGUCGGGGAUACAGCUAAGAUAACUAUAGAAAUGGACGACCGCGGAUACAACACAAUUAUUGAUAAUUUAACCACGGGCCUCAGGACGACAGGACACAUCCCUACCUUUGGAUCUCCUGUCUGUCUCAACAAUAAACGCCCUGCGAUAUUGGGUAUCGAUGAAUCCAACGACGACAAUUCUCAGUCUUUUGUGAAGUUCAGCAGUAUCGAGUUCUACAACACGUCGGCUCGUACCGCACUCGGAGGAUCGAUGGUUGAUCUGAGCGGAGCGACCGUUCAGAACAUCGUUACAGCUGACGGAGCAAUCCUUACUUCCACCACCAUCACUUCUUCCAAUAUAACCAUUUCGUAUCUCUCAGGCUAG